AUGGCCGACUUCAGGUACCUCCCCUAUCCUCUCCCAGAACCAACCCUCACGACGCUCAUCACAACAACAACCAGAUCCUCCUCAUCGUCGACAACCCCUUCACCCACAAUCACAUCCCCUCCCUCGCCCUCCAUCAUCAAUCUCCUCCCGAUCCCAUCCACCCUCCUCUCCGAACCCCCCUCCAUCACAACAAUCACCAUCUUCCAACCAUCCUCCCCUACUCCCACCGCCCCCCUUGCCCCGGCCCAACGUCCCACGGUCCACGGCGACAUAACCCCGACAUUCUACAUCCUCGCCUUCGUCCCCGUCGUCGUCCUCCUCCUCGCCGCCUACGCAACCCACCGCUCCUCCUCCCGCGCCACGCCCGCCCCCGAGCCGAACGACAUCGAGCUCCGCGACCGCGCCAUGAAGAAGUACUGGUGGUUCGAGCCCGACUCCGUCACAGACCAGGUAAGCGAAGACUCGGACGAGUGGGCCAACACCUACAAGCGCUGGUUCCCCCGUCCGCCGACCCCCCUCUCCACCCUCUGGGACCCCAACUGCUGGCCCUGCGGCGACCGCCACCGCGUGAAAGGCGGCGUCCCGAAAUGGGGCCGCAGGCACACCUUCGCCCAGCACAGGUGCUACGCCUCCGCCCUCGACCCGCGCCGCCGCGAGCACGCCCGCCGCUCCCGCGCCGUCCGCUUCCUCGAGGGCCUCGUCCGCGACGGCCGCCUCUCCGCCACGGACGCCGGCGAGGUCCUCCUCAGGGACGACCGCGUGGCGGUCGUCAGGCCCGCCGCGGAACCUCCCGGCCCGUUUUGGGGUUCAGGUGCUGACGUAUCCCAGAUGACAGACACAGGCACGGCAACCGCCACGGCCACCCCCUCCUCCUCGUCCGCCACGGCCGUCGAGCCCACCGCACCUUCCACGCCUCCCAUGCGCCCCGCCAACACCGCCAGCCCGGGCUGGGACUCAGGCGGAAUCCCCUCCUACUACGCCGACGGCCGCUCCCCGCAGAUCAACUACGAGCUGACCUCAUCCUCUUCCGAAGACGAGAACGUGAACGCAAACACUCCUGCUCCAGCGCGACCGGGCCUCAGCGCGAAGGCGGCCGGCAAGCAGCCCGCCAAGCCCUAG